AUGGAGUUAGACCAAACCACCUCUAGUUUGAGAGGAACAAAGGCCAAAGUAGAGUCCACCCUAAGUGAUGUUGGUAAUCUAGCUGAGGGAAGAGCAGAUAGAACCAGGAGAAGCAACAACUUGAGAUCAGAUAAUGGGAACACUAAAACAGGCAAGUGGAAGAGGAAGGCCAGAGGAGAGGCAAAUUCUAGAAUGGUCUUGGGGGAUAUCACAAACUCCAACCAAGUGGUAGGGACCAAAAGAAGAAUCUGGAAAAAUAAUACAGAGGGUGAUAUGUCUCCAAAAAGAAUUAAAAGCAGUGAGCAUAUAGUGUAUGGAAGGGGUAGAAAAAACAAGGUUUUUAUAUAUGAAGCAGGAUGGGAACUUAAGGAGGAAUGUAGAGGGGUUAUUAAAGAGGCAUGGAACAAAGGCCAAAAAGGGAAUUCACAGGCAAAUAGAAUGAGAUACAAGUUUAACCAGUGUAAGAGGGACUUGCUAAUGUGGAAACAAAAAGCAACACAGCAAGCACAAGGGGACUUAGCUCAUAUUUUGACCAGUAUUAGUCACUUACAAGAUACUGGUGAUGGCUCACAUAUGGACAGAAUGCAGAACUUACAAAGAAAACUUGAAACUUCACUAGCUAAAACUGAGAUGAAGUGGAAACAAUGUGCCAAACAGCAUUGGCUGAGGAAUGGAGACAAAAACACACAUUUUUUCCAUAUGCAAGCAAACCAAAGAAGGAAAACUAACUCCAUCAAAUUCAUUUCAGAUAGUGCUGGGAAUAUAGCUCAUGAACAAAAAGAUAUUGGAGAAGUUUUCACAGGUUUUUUCUCCUCUCUUUUCACUACUUCCUUGCCUGUUAACUUUGAAGCUUGUCUACAUGCUUUACAACCACAAGUUACAAUUGAGAUGUCUACUAGUUUAUUGAAAAAGUUCACAAUUGAGGAGGUUAGGGAAGCCGUGUUCCAAAUGAAUCCAUUGGGUUCCCCUGGACCCGAUGGAUUCCCUGCUCAGUUCUAUCAGAAACACUGGGAGGUGGUGGGGGAAGAUGUCUAUAAAUUUGUUCUCCAAGCUAUUAACCAGGGUGGCACACUUCAAGAGGUGAAGGACACCUUCAUAGCUUUGAUCCCCAAGGUUAAAAAUCCUAUAAAGGUAACUGAAUUCCGACCCAUAAGUCUCUAUAAUGUGCUUUACAAGAUAGUCACAAAAACUUUAGCAAAAAGAUUGAAGUGCAUACUCCCUUCCCUCAUAUCUGUAAACCAAAGUGCUUUUGUCCCUGGGAGACUAAUCUCAAAUAACACUUUAAUAGCAUAUGAGGUUUUACAUUCAAUGCAAUCAAGGAUGAAAGGGAGGAAAGGUUUCAUGGCACUCAAGUUAGACAUGAGCAAAGCCUACAAUAGAGUUGAGUGGGGGUUUGUAGAAGCUGUGAUGCAAAAAAUUGGCUUUCCCCAACAUUGGGUCCACCUGAUCCAAAAAUGCCUUAAUUCAGUCUCAUACUCAAUCCUAGUAAAUGGAGAGCCCCAACAAAAAUUCUACCCCUCUAGGGGAAUCCGCCAAGGGGACCCCCUCUCCCCCUACAUUUUCAUACUAUGUGCUAAAGCCCUUUCUACACUACUGAACCAAGCUGAAGAUAGAGGAAGCUUAACUAGUGCACCACUGGGAAGAGGCCCCACAAAGCCUCAGGACAGUGGGACAUUUGAAAAGUAUUUAGGGCUACUUGUAAUGGUGGGAAGGGCAAAGGUAGCAGCAUUUCACUCCCUCAUUGAUAGAACUUGGGCUCGAGUAGCAAAUUGGAAGACAAAGCACCUAUCCAAUGCAGGAAAGGAUAUUUUGCUAAAGGCUGUACUCCAAACCAUUCCAACCUAUGCUAUGGGGAUCUUUCUCCUCCCAAUAGCCAUCACUAGAAAAAUGAAUCAACUCUUAAGGAAAUUCUGGUGGGGCUAUAAAGAAGAUUCAUCAAAGAUUCAUUGGAUUUCCUGGGAACAACUAAGCUCUGGCAAGGAAUUAGGGGGCCUGGGCUUCAGAGAUUUUCAAAGUUUCAACCUGGCUAUGUUCUCUAAACAAAGUUGGAGAAUGCUACAAGAUCCUACCUCUCUGGUUACUAGAGUGUACAAGCAGAAGUACUUCUCAAAAGUGGGCUUACUAGAGUCAAACUUGGGGUCAGCUCCCUCAUAUGCCUGGAGGAGCAUCCAUGCAGGUUUAGCUAUGUUAAAAAAAGGACUUCUGUGGCGAGUGGGAAAUGGAACCAGCAUCAACUUGUGGAAGGAAAAAUGGAUCCCAACUCUACCUUCUCAACAAAUUUCAUCUAUAAGAGGCAAUGAUGUAUGGUGUGAAGUGGUUAGUGACCUAAUAGACCCAAACUUGAAAACAUGGAGAGAAGACCUCUUGCAAGAACUGUUCUCAAACCAGGAGAUCGAGGCCAUCAAAACCAUACCUAUUAGUCUAGGAGGAAGAGAGGAUAAAAUGACUUGGCAGGCUUCUAACAAUGGACAAUACACAAUUAAAAGUGGUUAUCACUACCAGAGGAGUUUGAUUUCAGAAUUAGAGGGGGAAGCAUCGAGGAAACACAGUGACAAAGAUGUGUGCAAAAAACUUUGGAAGAUGAAGGUUGCCCCUGUUGUUAAGUUUUUUGUGCGGAAAGCAUGCAGUGAAGCUCUUCCUACCUGCGCUAAUCUGACAAGGAGGAAAAUUCUAGAAGACUCCUUAUGCCCAAUUUGUAAAAGAGAACCUGAAACUUCAGGCCGUGCCUUAUGGGGAUGCUCAGCUGCAAGGGAUGUGUGGAGCCAAGGUUGCAUCAAGGUUCAAAAAAUGUCACACCACAACAACUUGUUCUUCAAUGUAUGGAUCCUCCUAGUGCAACAGCUAGAUCAAGCUGAAUUAGUCAUAGGCACACUCAGGGCAACUCGGGGAGUCACAGAAACCCCUUUUGAUGCUGAAGCUCAGGGCCUAUUACUAGCAGUAGUUUUUUGCAAGGAAAUUAGACUGAGAAAUCUAGUACUGGAAGGAGACUCAAAGCAAGUUAUUGAUAUUCUACAAAUAGAGGGAUCCAACUGGAGUAGAGGGGGACUAAUGGUAGAAGAUGCAAGGCAAGUGUUGAAUUCUUGGAGUCAGUGGACAGGCGUGCAUGCAUGUAGAGAAGCAAACAUGGCUGCACAUGAGUUAGCUAAGUCAGCACUCAAUUUCUCUGUAGACCUAUAUGAUAUUGAAGAAUGCCCUUUGUGCAUUCAGUCAAUUGUAGCUAUUGAGAUGUUAUAA